AUGGUAUAUCAAAAGCAAGCUGAUAGUGCUGGUAAGGUUGCAGAUAUAAAGGGUUCACUUACGUUGAAGCCUGAUGCUAAAAAAGUAUUUUUGAAAGCUCGUCCUUUGCCUUUUAAACUGAUACCACGGGUAGAUAAAGAAAUAGGAAACCUCGUAAACGAGAGAAUAUUCAAAGUCAAAGUCGAGACUUCAGAAUUUGCAACUCCCGUUGUUCCAGUGUUGAAGGCGGAUGACUCUGUCCGUUUAUGCGGAGAUUACAGUGUUACAGUUAAUCCGCAACUACAAAUUACCGAGCAUCCGUUACCUACAAUUGAUGAACUGGUUUCUGAAAUGUCAAACUGCACGGUUUUCGGUAAAAUUGAUAUAAAAUGGGCAUUCUCGCACCUUGAAAUGGACGAAGAAAGUUCACAAAUCCUGACGAUUAAUACACAUAAGGGACUUUACAAGGUCACGCGUUUAAUGUACGGGAUUGCAUCGGGACCUGCUCUAUGGCAAAUCACAAUGGAAAAAAUAUUACACGGAAUAAAAGGCGUUAAAGUCAUGCUCGAUGAUAUUGCCUUAGCAGCAAGAAAUGAAUAUAAAUUUACAAAAAUUCUGGAAAAAACUUUCAAACGUUUGAACGAUUACAAUAUUAAAAUAAACGAAAAGAAAUGUGUAUUUUUCGCCAGUGAGAUUACGUAUUGUGGUUAUGUUAUCGGCAAAAACGGUUUGCAGAAGGACAGUUCAAAAUUCGACGCAAUUAGGAAAAUGCCGCGGCCUAGAAACGUUACUGAGGCUCAGUCGUUUAUCGGUAUGAUAAACUACUACAGUAGAUUUAUUGAAAAUACAAGUACAUUAUUGAGACCGUUAUAUGAAUUGCUACAAAAGGAUAAAGAUUUCAAAUGGACUGAGCGUCAGGAGCAGUCUUGGGUAGCGGCAAAAAAGGCUUUCACAAGCGAUAAAUGUUUAGCUUUUUAUGAUCCAACACUUCCGUUAGUAUUACCAGAGAGAAGCCUGAGAGCGGCCAUGCCCGCGAUUUAG